AUGUUCAAAAGAUUUUCUCUUGAAUUAGUAACAAUGAUUACUGUAGCAAAUUGCAUAUAAACUACUUAUUUGCUGUCAUAAUAUCCAUUCUAGGUUUACCCAUUAUCGAGAAGUUAGAUGUACACUGCUUGUAGUGGAUACGGUGUGUGGAGUAGAUAUAUUCCAUUAAGCACCAUCGUUAAAAUUGGAUAAAUUGGAAUUUUAGAUAGCAAUUGCUUUCAUUUACAUCAUGCACAAGAACCAACAACAUAAAGGAUAAACUUGAUUUACUAUGAAUGUCUUAAUUACGAAGCCAAUUCUAUAAUAAAAUAUCUACAAUUUAUAGAUAACAAUGGUGAUGAUCAUAUUUAUGAGAUGCCAAUAGAGGGUGAAUAUGAGUAUGUCUGGUUUUUUGUUGGAAUUUAGACAUCCCCAUUUCAAAAAAAAUUAAAUGUUUAUUUUUAUGAACAAGGGCAAACGAUUAAAAUACACUAGAUGCAGGUUGAAUUACCAUUUUAUGACGAUCAAUUAAAUUUGAUUUUUGGAGGAGACUUGGUAGUAAAUGAGAAUUAAUAAAUUCACAAUUCAUAAAAUGGAAAAUUAUCGUAUUUCCCUGGGUAAGUUCUCAUUGCUCAAGGAUAUUAUUUAAAUGUAGAAGAAUAUUGUGACUUUAUAAUUUCAUAUAUUGAAAAUUUCAAAUUAGAUGAUUGUCGAUGUUAAUCAAGUGAAAAUACGAAUAUCAAUAAUUAAGUGAUAUAAUAGUAAGAAGAAUUUCUUUAUCUUUCUUAAUAAAUAAAUUGUUUAGAAUUCUUAUUUUCAGGUUGGAUUAAAUUUGAUUAGGUGCAAAUCUUUGCUGAUGCAGUACAUUUUAAAUUUUUAAAAUUAUCUGGAAAUGUUAAGGUUUCUUAAACGACAGGUGACAAUAUAUCCCCUUUUACACUAACUUAUAAGUUAUCCUCUAAAGGAAAUUAGAUCAUUAUAACUACAUAUAGUUAUACAUUUCCCUCAAUAAAUAUUGAUUUUUCAAACGAUCCCUUUUUAAUCAAAGAGACCUUUAAUAUUGUCAGUGAUGUAAAACUAUGGCAUUAUUUGAAUGUUAGGAAAUUGGAAACUGCCAUAUAAAUUUCAAUUAGCUUUUCUGAAUAAGAAAAGUAUGAAUUUUACUAAGAAGUUAAACAGUUUAAUUUGGUUUAAUUUAAAUUGUAAUACGGAGAUCUAUUAUAAACUCAUUCAUACUAAUUAAAAAUUCAGAUUUUUGAUUUUUAAUUCUUUAAUUGCGUAGAGGAUGUAGAACUGGGAUAAAAAUGUCAUAGGACUUGCAAGGAAUGCGAUGGUCCAACAAAGUCUGAUUGUUUAUCUUGUGCCGAAUCAUCAAAUAGAAGAUAUUACCCAGAUUUUAAGGAGUGCAUCUGUGAUUAUGGUACUAUUGAUAUGGAAAACGAAUGCUUAACUUACUAGAGUCUUAAUUUAAGUAUCAUAAUUCCAGAAGAAGUUCCUACUUCAAAUUGUAAAUAUGGAUAUUUUUAAUUUGAAGAUCAAUGUUUCAGAUGUCCAUCAACGAUUUCUGAAAAUGUACUCACAUGUCUUGAGUGUUUAUAGAAUCCUAAGGAAUGGCUAAAUAUGCUUUAUUGUAAGACAUCGAUAUAUUCAGACGAAGAUGGAAAUAUAUCGCAAUAGUUCUAGGAUUCAGAUUCUUGUUAUAAUUUUGAUGGAAACUCCUUAAGUUAUUAUAAAUGUGGGGAUGACUAAUCAUUAUCGACCAUUGGUAAAUUUGUAUCUCUAACAAUACCACCGUUAGGUUCGCAAUAGUAUUGCCUACCUCCUUAUUUUUUAAAUUUUGAAUUAAAAUGUACUCUAUGUAUGAUAAAAUAUUGUUUAUAUUGCUUCAAUUAUUUUGGCAAUGAUCACUCAAUUACCACUCUAAAUUAAAGAUUCUCCUACUCUAUUGUUGGCGAAGAGAUUAAAACAGGUUGUUCAUAGUGUAAUGAUGGUUUCAUUUAUAACUUUGAAAAGGAGGAAUGUUUAUAUUAGAUUCCUGCAAUCUCAAAUUGUCUUAGAUCAUAUAUUGCAUUUGAUGGUUAAGAAAUUUGUACAUUAUCAUCAAUAGAUGAUUUCAGUAUUGCCCCAGAAAUUAUAAAUUGUCAAAAACACAUGUAUAAAUGCAAAUAAUGUAUAUAAACUCCAGAAUUAAUAAUAAAAUGUAUAAUUUGUGAAGAUGGAUAUUCAGCGUCUGCAUUUACAGGAAUUUGUACUGAAUGCACUUUGAUAUAAUAUUCCAAAACAUGUAUUUAAUGGUAUUCAAAGAAUGUUGAACCUUGGAAAUGGUUGAUUCAAAGCUUCAGAAUUCAAUUCCUUCAAAUUAAAAAUUUUUCUUAUGAAUUAAUAAUUACUCUUAGUAAGAAUUAUGUUGUGUAAUGCUUCGAUGGCUACGACAUUAUUUAAAAUUAAUGCCACGAAUAUUGUGACUCGAAUUGUUAAAUAUGCUAGAAAAAUGUAAAACCCCCUUAAUUCUUUUUUGCUUGUUAAAAAUGCGGUUUGAACUAUUACAAGUACCGGUAAAGAGGACAAAUUGAGGGUAAGUGUAUGGAAUGUCCUUCACUAUGUUAAACAUGUGAAUAUAGAUCAAGUGAAGAAAUAGAAAAAAUAAACCCAAUUUUUAAAAUAACAACAGAUAAUUAAAUAUACACUUAUGAAAUGCCUAUAAACAGGUUCCCUUAGCAUAAAUUGUAAUUGAUCCAAAUUUCCAAAUCGCAUCGUAUUGUCUUAAUGAUAAUUGUGAUUACAAUUUUGAGUACCAAGUAAUGA